GUGUUAACGGUCCAACAAGGAAAACUCUUCUGUGUAUCAGGCUUAUGGUUGCGUGUUGAAAGCGUAUCUACAUAAAGAGAGUUAUCUUGCUGCAUGUAGCCUGUGCGAUAAGCCCGAGCAUAAUGGUGGAUACAUAUGAACAGACAAGGAAAGUUUGCCUGCAGAAGUGAAAACUACCCUUGCUGGAAUUAAGCUGGAAAAUGGAACUCAGAAUCGGUCAUAGGGUGGGAUAUACGGAACGAACUGCAUGAGACUGGAAAAUGACGGCGUCCAUGGUGUUUUGUUUGGGGUUCAUUCUCGUGUGUCAAGUUGCAGUUUACGGAUCAGCCAAGGUAUCCAAGUCUACUGUGUUCGGCUCUUCAAGUAACGCUGUGGUUUUAUCAAGGGAUAACACACUGGCUCCAUCACCCUUCCUUACGGACACUCCAUCAUCAGUAUCAGCCUCACCCACAGUGACAACACCCUACCCAGUAACAUCUUCAUUUCAUUCUUAUUUCAUCCUAAGAGAAGAUAAGAUGAAAACAUCUUCAAUAAAACACUCAUCUACAGUACUGACCCUACCAGUACCUUCUAUAAAGCACUAUACACGUACGAUAGGGAAACCAAAGUUUCUGUUUGGAGGAUUACUGUCAUCGCAAUCUUCACCUGGCUGGAUUCAAGGGUCAAUAAACCCUACAGGUGAGACAGCAAUACAGUCAAGCCGAUUACCAACUCCAUGGUCAUCUGUUACACUAUCUACAGCCAAUAAAACCCCGACACUACCGAUACAACCAGGUCAUCGUUUGAUUAGACGGACUUCAAAAGGAGUUCAUCCAUUGGUUGUUCCAACUUUGACAUCAAUAGUCACGCCAACGCCAACGCCAACGUUAUCCUUACCGCAAGUGGAAACAUCCGCAGCUACCACAAAACAUGUGUCAAGAAAACUCAAUACUAAUGGCAUGUUCUUAGAGAAGCUCGUCCAAAACACAAGACCAGAGACAACAGAAUCUCCACCACUUUCUGGUGAAUAUAUUGCAAUAAUAAUCCUGAGCAUCCUUUGUGGAAUUGUGUUGAUGAUGAUAAUCAUCUACAUCAUCUGUACACACAGAUGCUGCAGGGUGAGGUUUCAAGUGGUUACCAUCAGAUGUGGCGAAGAACUGUCCUCUUCUGAAGUGAGUUUGGAGGAUGGUCUUCCAGAUGGACAUACCAACAUGACAAAUUCUGCUUCGUUGUCUCUGGAUGAAACUGGACAAACCUCCUUCAUCGGUACAGAUGUGCAAAACAGCUCACUUGAGAAUUCGCAGUUAGAGGAAACAGCACAAGACCCUUCUAACCAAGACAUGCGUCAGAAUAAUGUGACAGAAUUGAGACAUGUUAUAAAGUCGGAAUACAUGGAUCUGUCAUAUUUCACUUCAAACAGUGACAAAGAAGAAACUGAUACCCUGAACAAGGCAGGACGUGGAGGGCCUGGGUGUGGUGAUGCCCCUGCUGUUAAAGAUGAUAAAUCAACACCUGUAGAAAACCAUUCUAGUAAUAGCAUCAGUACGAAUGAAACUCGUGUGGUUUAUACCAAUGAGAAGCCAGCAACUGGGACGCUGAAAAGACCUAAAUUAUUAUAUGACAAAUAUGGAUACACUCUGGUUAUAAAGACUGGGGAUGAUAAAUUUCGGAUUGCUGAAGAAUCAGAUCACACUAAUCCUUUAAAAGACAGCACAUCGUAUCCCCAUAAUCAUGGCGUGGUAUCAAAAGUUGUACAUAACGCUACCGUAAACAGUCCUGUUUCUAAACAUAAAAGCAAACCAUUUAAUGAACAUGUUCUCCUGCCCAAAACAAAACUCGUAGAACGUCUUGUCGGCAGUAGCCAAUCGGAUCUUCAUUCUGAAGAGGCGAAUCAUACCGAGGAUCCCCUUGUGUCACCAAAGAUAGAGACACACGCCUUCAACCAUUACCUCGACUUAUAUUCUCAAAUAGACGAUGACAGUUGUGGAAAAAAUGGUGAAAUGGAUCUUGUGGAAAAUCUAUCAACAGAAACUGAAGAAAAACAAAGUGGUGAAACACACUUACAAAACACAGGCACGGAUAUAGAACAAGCAAGCGGGUGUGCCGUCAGUAAUACUACCACAACAAGUAGUAAUGUUCUUUUGGAAUCGCUUGACAUUUUGCAGGGAUUGCAAGAAACAACACCAUCAACGGAUGCCAAUUCGGAUUACCAUUCGUCUGGAGAGGAUACAUCCCCUGAGGAAGAUAUUGACAUUAUGGCAUACUUGGUUGAUUAUGUUCCCCCGGAAAAGACUUAUCUUGGUAUCAUUUAUGAGUAUGAGGAGGACGUAGAAUUUGAUGAGCCAGAUAAUGAUCAAAGCAGUGAAUGUGAUGACAGCGAGAUGGAAGAGUCAGCAAAGGAGCAGGUUAAUAAAGAACACGCUAACAGCCUCAAACAAGAGUUAGACAGGAUGAAAACCGAUGAAGCCAUGCCACGGGUAACCGCAACAAAACAGGAAGGGAUUGAAGAUGAAGAUACAGUUGGAAAUUUAGAAAUCCUGCACACACACCAAAUGAACGGUGAACACCAAGCAGACACAGAAGGAGUCCAAAAGCAAGUCCAAGGAGAAGCAGAAACAGAUUCUGUAGACAAACAGAGUGCUGAUGAGGAUGCAACAGGGAAUUGUAGCGAGAGAGUAGACUAUCAAGGAUUGAUACAUACGGCGGAAGGAGAUGACCUAGUUGUUGACGGCAAUGACCACACAUACCCACACGAUUUGCAAGGAAAGGUAAUGUACACACAAGAUACAGGAAACGAGGACGUUCAGCGGCCUGAUGUGGUAAAGAGUGGAAGUGAUACAGGAGAGGAUCCAUUAGUGGUAAAACAGGGAGAAGCACAAGAGAUAGCGCAAGAUGUAGCUCAGAAGGUACCACAAGCGAUAGCACAGGAUGUAUCACAAGAAGUAGCACAGGAGGUAACACAAGAUGUAGCUCAGGAGGUACCACAAGCGAUAGCACAGGAUGUAUCACAAGAAGUAGCACAGGAGGUAACACAAGAUGUAGCUCAGGAGGUACCACAAGCGAUAGCACAGGAUGUAUCACAAGAAGUAGCACAGGAGGUAACACAAGAUGUAGCUCAGGAGGUACCACAAGCGAUAGCACAGGAUGUAUCACAAGAAGUAGCACAGGAGGUACCACAAGCGAUAGCACAGGAUGUAUCACAAGAAGUAGCACAGGAGGUAACACAAGAUGUAGCUCAGGGGGUACCACAAGCGAUAGCACAGGAUGUAUCACAAGAAGUAGCACAGGAGGUAACACAAGAGAUAGUAGAGGAUGUAGCACAACAGGUAGUAGAGGAUGUAGCACAACAGGUAGUAGAGGAUGUAGCACAACAGGUAGUAGAGGAUGUAGCACAACAGGUAGUAGAGGAUGUAGCACAACAGGUAGUAGAGGAUGUAGCACAACAGGUAGUAGAGGAUGUAGCACAACAGGUAGUAGAGGAUGUAGCACAACAGGUAGUAGAGGGGGUAGCACAGGAGAAAUCCUCUGAAAAGCUCAAGGAACAGAAAACAGAACUGGAGAAGGGUGAAGAAAAUAGUGAUGAGCAAGUAAAGACAGAUGGAGAGUUUGAUGAACAUCCUGAUAGUAUCAAAGACACGAUAAUCGAGGAAGCAAGAACUGAUAUCCCAAGAAAUGAACAGGUACUGGAAGGGCAAGAUGAAUUGACAGAAACAGGAACUGAUCAACAAAUACAGGAGGAUUUUGUUAGAGCUGAAGAUCAACUGAAAGGGGACGAGGCGGAAGCAGGUAUAGAAAUGGACGGUGAUGAACAAGAGAAAUAUGUCGAUGAAGCACAGAAAGAAAAAAGUUUUGAGGAGAAACCCUAUGACACUGCAGUGACUGAAAGUCAGAUUAUGGAUAUCGCUAAAAGUACACAAAUAGAACCACACAAGGAUCAUUAUGAUGAUGGUAAUGCUGAGGUACAGCAAUCAUCAGAUGGGGUAGCAAUUCAGGAAGAGAUUGAAAGUGUAAUCCACCUAGAGGCGAAGAACGAAAUGGUGGGUGAAAACCUACAGCAAGAGGGUAAAAUGAAAGAAAACGAAGAUAAGGAACAUGAAGAGACAGAGAACAAUAAUGACUUUUGUGACGGAAGCAGGGAUAUCCUGUUUCUCGAUACAGAAGAGGAGGAAGAAGAUGAAGAUGAUGAUGAUGGUUGGAUGGAUUUAGAUGAACCCAUAUCAAUGGUACUGGCUGCUUGUCAGCUUUCGAGCAACGAUGAUAGUGAUAUUGACGAAAUGGGUUGCGAGGACUCUCGACCAUUUGGCUCCAACUCUCAAGAUGAAGGCGCACAGGUCCUUGAUAAUUGUUUUGCGCGAGAUUAUAUUGAGAGAUUACAAUUUCUUCAACCAACUAAAGGCAUAUUAUGUAAAGAAAGGGAGACUGGAGCAAUUAAUGGAGGAAAACGUGUUUCCAAAAAAGUUAGAUUCAUACUGCCCGAUGAAUGGGAUACAUGUUAGAUAAAUACAAAAUUCAAUACAAACCACAUAACAUCUGUUCACGACAUAUUUCAAAAGAACCAUCUGCCUCUACACCGGAACACUACUGUGAACGAGAAUAAGUCCACUAAUCACAAUUUCUUCACAACUAAAUUGGAUCAGAGAUCAAAUUUGUUGUCUGGGUUCAUUUGCCAUCGUGGAACAUAACUAAACAGAAUAUACACUACAUGAGGCAGAUACGACCAAGUGGAGAUGGAGUCUAUCUGUGACUGGACACACGCUCUGAAACAUAAUCAAAGUCUUCUGAAAUUCGACAAAAACACGAAAUACCCUGUAAUUGUGUUUCGAGAACAUAAUCAAGAACAGCAAUGCGUUGCUAUGACGAGACACGAAUGUGCCAUUCUAUGUACUCUCAAAUAUUGUGUUCACGUGAAGGUCCGGGUUAGAAUGAGCCUUCAGUAACCCAUGCUUGUCGUAAGAGGCGACUGACGGGAUC